UUUUGUCCUUCACUGAGGAAUUUUCAUGGCUGAAAAACAUUAAAUAACGGCAGAGAUAUGAACAAGUAAAUACCGCGAAACGCGUCUGUCUAAAGUUUACAAUCAUGGCGAAUGUCAAACAGAAGCUUUUAUUCCGAAAUAAAGACGUUUCGACCGUUAUAAACACUAACGGCUCUGACGGGAGUUUGGAAAAACCUGGAAGACUAAAUCGACAGAAGGAAAAGGUAAAUGGACUGACAGAAAAAGCCCAGGGCUUCGGGAAACCUCUCAAUGAUUCACUGGAAGUGGACAUCAGAGACUUCCUCAUCGAUGAAGCUGAACUUCACACGUACGAUGACCUCACUAAAGUCAACCCGGUCACCCCCUCUACAGUGCUGAAAUGUCUGCAGGCCAGGUACAGCGCGAAGGUUUUCUACACACAUGCCGGCUGUACGCUGAUCGCCCUAAACCCUUUCCAGCCCAUCCCUCACCUGUACUCUCUGGAUGUGAUGAGGGAAUAUCACUCCGCCCCUCAGCCUCAGGAAUUUAAGCCACACAUCUUCAUCGUAGCAGAAGAGGCGUAUAGGAAUGUGCAAGGCCAGGUGGAGCCCAUGAACCAAUCGCUGGUCGUCUCUGGAGAGAGCGGAGCUGGGAAGACAUGGACGUCACGUUGUCUGAUGAAGUAUUAUGCCACUGUGGCCACCUCGUCUCAGAAGUCCCAGAACACUGUUGAGAAGAUAGAAAAACGAGUACUGGACUCCAACCCCAUCAUGGAGGCGUUUGGCAAUGCCUGCACAUUACGCAACAGCAACAGCAGUCGCUUUGGAAAAUACAUCCAGCUUCAGCUCAACGGCUCUCAGCUGCUGGUUGGGGCGUCAGUGCAUACGUAUCUCUUGGAGAAGACAAGAGUGGCUAUCCAAGCACCAAAUGAAAGAAAUUUUCACAUAUUUUACCAGAUGGUGAAAGGAGCCACAGACAAACAGAGACUGGAUUGGAUGCUGCCUUUGGAACAAGACUUUGCUUGGUUGCCUCUUGCUGAGAGAACAUUAGAAGAAGACUGUCUGCAAGAGACGAUGGAUGCCAUGAUCAACCUUGGCAUUGAUGAGGCGAAACGGGCACAGAUUUUCAGGAUCCUUGCAGGUCUUCUGCAGCUGGGGAAUGUAGACUUCAGUCUUGCAUCAGAAGAGGCUCAACCAUGUGAUCUUGAAGGGCACUCCGAAGGUUUCCUGCAGAAGACCGCUGCCCUGCUGCAGGUGCCGUUAGAUGAGCUGCGGUCGUGUCUGACAGUGAGAAAUCUGCGCGCCGGCAAACAGAACAUCCUCAAACCGUGCUCUCGGUCGGAGUGCACCGUCCGCAGAGACUGUCUUGCUAAAGCCAUUUAUGCGCGGCUGUUUGACUGGUUAGUCAUUUUAAUCAACAACAGUAUGUGUGCCGACACUUCCAUGUGGUGCAACUUUAUUGGCCUGCUGGAUGUGUACGGUUUUGAGUGUUUCCUCCUGAACAACCUGGAGCAGUUGUGUAUUAAUUACGCUAACGAGAAGCUGCAGCAACACUUUGUGGCUCAUUACCUGAAGGCCCAGCAGGAGGAGUACGUGACCGAGGGGCUUCAGUGGUCCUUCAUACGCUAUCAAGACAACCAGGGCUGCCUGGACCUGAUUGAAGGCAGUCCCUCCAGCAUUUUCUCCCUCCUCAAUGAGGAGUGUCGUCUGAACCGUGCAUCGGAUGCGAAGCAGUUCGGUGUGCGUCUGCAGAAGGAGCUGUCGGAUAACGCCAAUAUCAGCUGGGACAAAUUCAGCAAAGAGCCUCAUUUCACUGUGGCCCAUUAUGCCGGCAGAGUCAGCUACCAGAUCCAGGGCAUGAUGGGGAAGAACAAGGACCCGGUUCCUCCUGAGCUCACCUGUCUCCUGCAGAAAUCCCAGGAUUCAUUGCUGCACAGCCUCUUCGCUGACGGUGACCUUGAGAGCGAGGGCUCUAGAGGACACAGUAAAGUCAUCACUGUCGUCUCCAAAUUUAAGAACUCCCUUGAAAGCCUUAUGAAGAUUUUGCACAGCACCACCCCGCACUACACACGCUGCAUCAAACCCAACCCGGACUGCAGACCGCUCACCUUCAAAAGGGAAGAGGUCAUCGCUCAGCUUGAGGCCUGUGGGAUAGUGGAGACCAUAAACAUCAGUGCAGCAGGAUUUCCCAUCAGGAUCCCGUAUUGCAGUUUCCUCCAGAGAUACGGGCUGAUCACAAACUACAGACUAGCAGCGCAGAUGAAUCGAGAGAACAGCCCUGAGAUAAACGAUCAGGCUGUUCUGGGACCUGCUGUAAAAGAUGUGGUCAAUGUGGUCCUCGAGAGACUCGUCCCAAACUCCACCCUCAGCCCUGAUGACAACAACGACAUGGUGCAUUGUGGGAGGACCAAAGUCUUUCUUACGCAGUCCCUGUUGGAGAUGCUGGAGGAUCGCAGGAACCGCGUGCGCUCGCAGAAAGCGUUCUGUAUCCAGUGUUGCUGGCGCAGGUACCAGCAGCAUCAGCGCAGCCUCAGGACACGCGCUGCCACCCGCAUACAAGCAGGUUUGAGAUCCUGGCGGGUCAGAAGUGAAAUCAAGAAAUGGCACAAAGCUGCAACGGUCAUCCAAACCAAAUGGAGGCGCUGGAGAGCGUGGAUGGAUGCGUUAGCUGAGGCCGAGCUGGAUGAUGCUGAGGAUUUCAUGGAGGAAGAGUCAUGUGUGUUGCCGAAGAUGGAUCCUCUGCUGAGGGAAAGAGGGUCAGUACAACUCGACAGCAUCCAGGAGCCCGUCAUGGUCCGAAGCUGGCCGAUCGGGCUGGCCAUCGCUUCUGCUCCCACCAUCACUGUGUCUCUGACGGCCACUGGUUUCCAGCGGAUCAUGACCAUGAUGGCCUGUCUGAAGAUCCCAUUCAGACACGAUGAAUACAAAGUAGAGACCAACCAGUUUGAACAGGGUGUGGCGUCUAUCAGAGCUCAGCCACGGGGGUCCAUUAAGAUGCAUCUGCAGAGAUCUCCCCUUCUGUACGCCGACAGGCACCCGGUGCACAAGGCCGACGUGGUGACCGGGUUCAACCAGAUCUUGCUGGAGAAAACCUGACCGCACUUCUCCUCUUCUCAUCAUGCUGCUAAAAGCUCUCAUGCAAUCAGUGCACCUUUGAAACACACUACAUCGAGUGAUAUUAAACAUUUAGCUGCCUUAUCGUUAGUGCAAUUCAGCGUUUAGUUGCAUCUACGCUCUCUCAGCAUGAAGCACAAGUGCCUUUUAAUUCUUCAGUCCUGUAGAGCGUUUUAUAACUAUGACUUUAUUUUAUACUAGCAUUUUCUGUUAUGAUUUGAAUAAUGUUUCUUGCACAGCUUUAUAUCGUGAAUAUAUUUUAUAUAUAAUGUGCUGCUGAUGUAUCCCAAACUCUGGUGUUUAAUUUGAUUUGUAUAAAAGUCCCCCGUCAUCAAUAAUUUGAUGCGUUAAAACUCUUCUCUGAUCACCGAAAUUACAUAUUUAAAAUACAUUCCUAAUGCCUUAAAAUAGCUAGAAUGUAACUCGACACCCUUAUACGGAUUAAUGAAUAUGCUAAUUAGCCCCGCCUCCUCUCGCUCACACUAGCUCGGAUUACCCUGAUCCGCUGGGGGUCUUUAAUAUCAGUGUACAAACUGAUCAAAAUAAUGUUUUAAAACGGCUAUAUGUAAGUAUAUUCAUGUAUGAUCAUUUUUUGCCAAUGUAUGAACAGCUUGUAGCGAAACUUGACUUUCCUAGUUCAUUUUUAUGUUUAGGACUCGGGACGUUUUUGGCGGGAAAAUCGCAGAUGCGUGUUUUAUACACACUCCCGAGAGCCUCUCUUCUGUUCACUGACACUAAUGCUUAUACAAUGUUCAGGAUAAUACUGAAAGAGCCGUUCUGGACUGUAAUGUCAAUGUGUCGUCAAAGAAAAGUAUAGUCUCAUAUAGUCAAUCUAUAGAGUCAAAUAUACUCUAUAAUCAAACUAUCAAAACUGUGUGAUUUGUCGCUGAUCUCCACAUCUCUAUGAUCAGAUGCUUUCUCAUUUCUGUGUGUGUUUAUUGUGUUAUUGAGAGGAAAGAGCAGCACAUACUCACAUAAUCAUCUAAACGUGGCUCUCAGCAGUGGACGGCGGCGGGAUAUUCGUUAACAGUAAAUCACUGCAAAGCUAUUUCCGACUUCUUUUUACUUCUAAGUGGAGAACGAGUUUAUCUGGGUUUUGAAUUACGGUUCAGUCUCUUGUGCGUUAUGUGAUCAUCGCUGCUGCUGCAGUUCACUUAACGGCCACCGGUGUCGCUACAAACAAGAGUUUUUUUAAUUCUACAUAGAGCACCUUAAAACAUGGUACAAUAAUGAUAUUUAGAAUUACUGAGAUGAUGGAGAACAUAGUAUUGAUAAAGACAAGUUUUGUACACUUUGCAUGAUAUAUUUAUUCUUUAUUCAUAAAAUACUGGGAAAAGCUGUAGUUUCGGCAUUGCUGUUAAUGCUCUUACCAAAGCACAUUGAAUUAAUGUACUAUUUGCAUAUGUAUGUAUAGUUCAGAUUAUUUAGCACACAGACUACACAACAUUCCAUAGGUGUUUUUGAUUAGGAACUAUGUGCAAUGAUUACCAAAAAUAAUCAAUAUUUCUAAUCUCAGGGCAUUAAUCAACAAAACAUGUUUAUUGUUUGUGCUCAGGUACUGCUUUAACAAACACUUGGUCAAACUUUGAUAAUUCAAAUAAAAAUCAUUACAGAU